AUGGCGAGUCCUGGAGAAACCCCGCCCUCUUUGUCGACAUCGGUUGAGCCAAUAGGCGAUGGUAUGGAGGAUAACGAACCCGAGGUCGAUGCCGCUGCACCUGACACGCGUUCAGAUGCUGAAGAAAACGUGACCGAGGACAUCGACGCCAUCGACGGAGAAACAUACACGAGAGAAACCAUAUUGAACACCGCCUGCAUCAUAUUCUCCGACUUCACAGCGACUUUCAUCGCCUUCGCCGUCAUCUCCAAUAUCGAUGUUUUCGGAAAGGAGUUUCUUCUCUAUGACCCCGCCGACGUCGAAAAAUCAAACCUCAUCGUUAACGGAGUCGAUGCCGUGUUCUUUCUGUUGACGGGAUUCUUGACGGAUUUGUACGGAAAUUCGUAUAAAGUCAUGACUCUCUACAGUACCAUAACCCUUGUUGGUACCCUGAUCUUACCCCUGCUGACGUUCAACUGGUCGGUCAUCGAUCCAUCCUGCAGUAUACCCGUCCCAAUUCGUCGCAUUACCUUCUACACGGCACGAAUUAUCCUAGGCUUUGGAUUCGCUGGCAUCAACACCACUGCCCCUCCCUUCGCAAUCAGGCAAAUUGAGAAGUAUGGAGUUGAGGGCAUCCAAAGUUGCUUUCACUACAUUUACAUGGCGCGCAACUGCUGCCCCAAUCUCUGCUCUUCUGUUCAAACCGUGGAUGACGAAAACGUGGAACUUCUUAGCAAGAGCGCCCUCAAGUCCACCUCGACAGCUGCAGAUCUUCCAAAUGUAGAGGAUCCGUCCAUAACGCUGGCUGCAACAGUUGACCCCUGGGGCGAGGACUCAGUAGACGAAACCUUAAGCACCGAGCCACCUCCUACAUCUACUUCAUAUGGGACUGUUGAAGUGAGCGCAGUGACUAAUGGUGGAGAUCGUCCAGCAGAGCGCAUGAAGCCCGCGGUCUUUGGAAUGACAGUCGCCCCCGAAAUCCUUCACCGCUAUCUCCCGUUGGUGGGUAUCGCGCUCGCUCCCGUCUUCGAUAUUUACGUCUUCCCUUACAUCAGUAAGAACUUCAUCACACUGACGAUGCCCACUCGAAUCAAGAUUGGAAUCAUUUUGACAACCCUGUCUGUCCUAGCUGCCGCCAUCGUUGAGACGGCUCGGAUGAUGUUCAUCGAGCGAGGCGACUCCUUCCUCCAGGAGAUCAACAACCAGACCAUUACCACAUCGAAUCUCACACUUGCUUCCCUGAUACCGCAGUAUGUCCUUAUGGCUGCCGCAGAUGUCUUUGUAUAUAUCUCAAGUCUGGAAUUUGCAUUCAGGCAGUCCCCGAGAUCCAUGCAGGCAAUCGCAACAGGAAUCUUCUUGUUCUAUGCAACUAUCGGCCAAAUUGUUGCCAUACUCAUCGUACCUCUUAUUAACACAAUCACGACAGAUGACCCAUGGUAUCCACACGAGAUCAACGAUGGACAUCUCAAUUACUAUUUCCUCGUCUUGACCGCCAUAAGUCUGACCAAUCUCAUCAUGUUCUGCCUGGUGGAGAAAUUUUACAAAGCAUUGGGACAAUUUUUGUCAGAAGAAGGUACAAUUAACAGCACGACGAGAGAUACAACGAUAUCUACACAAGCGAUGACUGCAGACAAAACUACAACCAAUGUCACCACUGCACUGAUCAACGAUCCGGCUACGGGGCUUCCCCAACCGGUACUACAUGUACCUACGACACCCUCUACGGUGGACUAA